AUGACCACAACAGCUCCCUCCCCCUACUACACCCACAACAACCCCCCCUGCUACAACCACAAUAACCCCCCAUGCUACAACCACAACUGCCCCACCUACAACAACCACUACAAUGCCCCCUACUAUAACCACAACUGCCCCUAUCACAACAACGAUAGCUCCCCCUACUACAACCACAACUGCCCCACCUACAGCAACCACUACAAUGCCCCCUACUAUAACCACAACUGCCCCUAUCAAAACAACAGCUCCCCCUACUACGACCACAACAGCUCCCCCUCCUACAACCGCAACAAACACCACUGCUACAACCACAAGUGCCCCACCUACAACAACCACUAUGAUGCACCCUACUACAACCAUAACUGCCCCCCCUACAACAACAGCUCACACUGCUACAACUACAUCUGCCCCAACUACAACAACCACUACAGUGCCCCCUACUACAACAACUAUAAUGUCUCCUACCACAACAACAGCUCCCCUACCUACUGCAACCACUACAAUACCCCCAACCACAACAAUGCCGCCUACCACUACCACAGCUCCCCCUACAACAACAACAGCUCCCCCUGCUACAACCACAUCUGCCCCACCUACAACAACCACUACAAUGCCCCCUGCUACAACCACAACCACCCCACCUCCCCCUACAACAACAGCUCCCCCUGCUACAACCACAUCUGCCCCACCUACAAUCACCACUACAGUGCCCCCUACGACAACUGCCCCUGUCACAACAACAGCUCCCCCUAUUAUGACCACUACAAUGUCUCCAACCACAACAACAGCUCCGCUUACUACAACCACAACAACCCAACCUACUACAGACCCACCUACAACAACCAGUACAAUGCCCCCUACUAUAACCACAACUGCCCCAUUUACAACAACCACUACAAUGUCUCCUACUACAACAACAGCUUCCCCUACUACAACCACAACAACCCCCCCUGCUACAACCACAACUGCCCCACCUACAACAACCACUACAAUGCCCCCUACUAUAACUACAACUGCCCCAUCUACAACAACCACUACAAUGUCUCCUACUACAACAACAGCUUCCCCUACUACAACCACAACAACCCCCCCUGCUACAACCACAACUGCCCCACCUACAACAACCACUACAAUGCCCCCUACUAUAACCACAACCACCCCACCUCCCCCUACAACAACAGCUCCCCCUGCUACAACCACAUCUGCCCCCCCACCUACAAUCACCACUACAGUGCCCCCUACGACAACUGCCCCUGUCACAACAACAGCUCCCCCUAUUAUGACCACUACAAUGUCUCCAACCACAACAACAGCUCCGCUUACUACAACCACAACAACCCAACCUACUACAGGCCCACCUACAACAACCAGUACAAUGCCCCCUACUAUAACCACAACUGCCCCAUCUACAACAACCACUACAAUGUCUCCUACUACAACAACAGCUUCCCCUACUACAACCACAACAACCCCCCCUGCUACAACCACAACUGCCCCACCUACAACAACCACUACAAUGCCCCCUACUAUAACCACAACCACCCCACCUCCCCCUACAACAACAGCUCCCCCUGCUACAACCACAUCUGCCCCCCCACCUACAAUCACCACUACAGUGCCCCCUACGACAACUGCCCCUGUCACAACAACAGCUCCCCCUAUUAUGACCACUACAAUGUCUCCAACCACAACAACAGCUCCGCUUACUACAACCACAACAACCCAACCUACUACAGGCCCACCUACAACAACCAGUACAAUGCCCCCUACUAUAACCACAACUGCCCCAUCUACAACAACCACUACAAUGUCUCCUACUACAACAACAGCUUCCCCUACUACAACCACAACAACCCCCCCUGCUACAACCACAACUGCCCCACCUACAACAACCACUACAAUGCCCCCUACUAUAACCACAACUGCCCCAUCUACAACAACCACUACAAUGUCUCCUACCACAACAACAGCUUCCCCUACUACACCCACAACAACCCCCUCUGCUACAACCACAAUAACCUCCCAUGCUACAACCAAACCUGCCCCACCUACAACAACCACUACAAUGCCCCCUACUAUAACCACAACUGCCCCAUCUACAACAACCACUACAAUGUCUCCUACUACAACAACAGCUUCCCCUACUACAACCACAACAACCACCAAUGCUACAAACACAACAGCCCCCCCUGCAACAACCACAACUGCCCCACCUACAACAACCACUACAAUGCCCCCUACUAUAACCACAACUGCCCCAUCUACAACAACCACUACAAUGUCUUCUACCACGACAACAGCUCCCCCUACUACACCCACAACAACCCCCUCUGCUACAACCACAAUAACCUCCCAUGCUACAACCACAACUGCCCCACCUACAACAACCACUACAAUGCCCCCUACUAUAACCACAACUGCCCCAUCUACAACGACCACUACAGUGUCUCCUACCACAACAACAGCUUCCCCUACUACAACCACAACAACCUCACUUUCUACAAUCACAACAGCCCCCCCUACAACAACCACUGCAAUGUUCCUAACCACAACUACUACAGUGCCCCCUACCGCUACCACAGCUCCAAUCCCCUGUGA